AUGAUCGACACGAAAAGUCAAGAGGUCCGCCCCGUCGACGGUGAAGUAUACAGCAAGAUGGCAGAUGUUGCAGAUGAACUUCCGGACUCGUCACCCCGGUUUAUUCUCCUGAGCCACCCGCUUACUCUGUCAUCCGGCCGCCUCUCCGUCCCUUACGUCCUGCUAUAUUACCUUCCAGAAAACUGCAACCCUUCCUUGCGCAUGAUGUAUGCGGGCGCCGUCGAGCUAAUGAGAAACACCGCCGAAGUAAACAGGGUUAUCGAAAUCGAUAGUGAAGCCGACCUGAUUAAUAUCGAGUCUAAGCUGCAUGGCUCAGACUGA